AUGAGAACAACACUAUGCCUGCAAUAUUUCAAUUAUUUUAUCUUUACAAUAAAAUUCUCAAAAAACUGAGUAAUUUGAAUAAUAAUAUUCAUUGAUCCGAGAUAAUUACAAUCACUUGUGAACAUGGAUUCUAGAAGAGAAGAUACGAAACAUCACAAGUGUGAGUUGCAAGAUGGACGUGAUGACAUAGUAACAUCUUUCAUUGAUGCUGGAAUUUUCAUUAACAUAAGAAGAAGACUUAAAAGAUUUAUGAUGAUAAGUCCGAGCCAUCCCCUAACUAGAUUUUACAUAAAAUCGCUCUGUAUGUUCAGAAGUGAAGAACAACGCCAUCUGAUCAAAUAUUACUAUAUGAUUCAUCCGAUGAGCAUGUUCGUGUUCGUCUAUAGGAUUUACAUGUCUUUUAUUUUGGCUCUCAACUAUUUUGUGUGGCCGAUAGUAGUACCUUAUACCCCGCGACAUGCUAGAAAUUACUUAUUUAUGAGUAUUUACCCUUCUUACCUUGUACUGAUAAUAGUCAGUUUUAUCACUGGUUUUCCUGAGAGAAAUGUACAUACCAUCAUGAUGAAUCCGAAAAGUGUAAGCAGAGCUUACUUGAAGUCACACUUCAGCACAGAUGUGCUCAGUCUCGUGCCCCCUAUAAUAAGGUUUUUGACGAACAAGGGCGUAUUGAAUAAGAAAGACGUGCGCUUGCGUACUUUGAGAUGGGUGCUGCCGAUGCUUAUGUAUUGCAGAUACAACUACUUUCUCGAAACACUAAAGGAAGUUCGAUUGUAUACUGGUUUCAGUAAUUAUUUGUUCCUCGUUAUAAAGAGCAUUUUGAACUUGAUAUCUUUUAUCGUGGUUUUAACUACUAUAGUUUACAGAAUUCUGAGAGAGUUUUCUGUUUACAAAAACAAAACUGCUGGGGAAUUCGCUGCCUCGGUUGUACAAGUUGUGAUGAUGGUUAGUCAUGGAUUUCACAGUUCCGAAUUAUUGUCUGAUAAGUUAAUAUCAAUUCUUCUAGUUUUGUGCGGAUUUGUUAUACAUCUACUGGUAUUGGUUUAUACUAUGGAAAUCUGGUAUAAGUUUUACAGCUGUGAGAAUAUGCAAAACACUGUAUAUGAUGCUGUUGAUGCUUUCAUCAAGUACAAAGCUUUACCUGUUGGGAAAAGAAAACAGAUAUUUCUCUAUCUGAAUUUUAAAUAUCAACGGAAAUUUUAUAAGGAGUCUACUAUAGUAAGAAUAACCUCAGAUGCUCUACGUCGGGAGGUUUUAGUCAGAAUUUCUAGAGAAAGUACACAGAGAGUAAUCUUGUUCAACCGUCUACCUGAAAGUAUUUUGGAAAAGUUGAGAGCCGGUCUGUCAUGUGAAAUAUACAUGCCUGGAGAUGUCAUUAUUAAAGCCGGGAUGUUAGGUCGAAGCAUGUUCUUCAUUCUAGCCGGUACUGUAGUAGUGAAAACUCCACAAGGAAAGGAAGUCUGUUACUUACGAGACGGUGCCCAUUUUGGAGAGAUAUCUUUGGUGGUGAACGUGGCCAGAGUGGCUACGGUUGUAGUCGUGACACCCUGUCAGGUGUUUCGGUUAAAUAGGCGUCAGUUUUUGAGCGUGGUCAGACAUUAUCCUGAUUUACUCAGGCAAAUUCAUACUCAAGCUUUGGAGCGUUACGCUGAUACGACAACGUUGCAUACGGACGAGCCGGAGUUAACUGACCGUUCUGAAUUAAUUCAGGUGAUCGAUCCUGAUGUAGAAAAUCGAGCCCCAGAGUGAUCAUAAUGAAUAUUUUUUUAUGUAAAUUUUUGUUAUUAUUUAGUAUUAUUUAGUUUUUCUAUGCAUGUAAGUCCUUUAAGAAUUAGAAAAUAAUUUAAAGUAAUAUUGA